GUUAGUCUAUAGCUUUCAAACGAGUAUUUAGUAAAUUAUAGUUUAGUCAGAUAUUUAUAAUUUGUAAUUUUUAUUUUCCAAUAAUGUUGUUAAAAGUUGUAUUGAUUGCCGUAUUGGUCAACCUAGUUGCCUGUAAUACAGUGCAGGACAUGAUGACAAUGAUGAUAAAUGCGAGAUCGGCACCGGAAGCCAACCAAUUGCAGCCCGUUUUGGAUUUACUCAAACCUCUAACCGAUGGUUUACAACAAUUGUUGACUACACUGUCACCAGUAUUAAGCAUUUUGAAUCCCAUAUUGGGUCCAUUGUUGGGCCCAUUGGGACCCUUAUUAGGUAUAGUACUCCUUGCUCUAACCGGUUUACUAAUCGCACUGUUGGGUCCAGUAUUACAUGAGUUAAAGUGGAUAUUAUUACCACUUAUAACUCCACUUACUCUCGGACUGGUGUUCUCUUUAUCAAUGUCUUUGAAAGUAGUAGUCGCUUGUAUUGCCGCUCUGGUCACUCUAGUCGCUGGUAAAACAGUUGAAACUGAAAUGAUGGUACAGCCACUGGCACCGGAAGCAAACCAAUUAGAUGUUUUACUCGAUCCUGUUAUUAGUCUACUCACUGGUAUUUUGAUGCCAUUGUUGAGUGGGGUUUUAGGAAAUGUUUUAAAACCUCUUUUACAAUUAUUGUCCGUCCCAUUGGAUCCGCUACUAACUCCACUAUUGGUUCUUUUGGGCACUUUGUUGGCCGCACUUUUGAAGCCAUUGUAUCCAACAUUAAAACCAAUAUUAUUGCUGCCGUUAUUAGCACUGGAGGCGGCAUUAAAUUUGGCAUAACUUUAAUUAGUAUAAUGAUCUAGAUUAUAAACAAUUUGUUUUUAUUUUAAUGUUUGUUAAUAUUUAGAUAUUG